GUGAUCCUUGCGUUUGCAUUUUGUAGUCGUCAACAAGAAAUCGAAGAGAAACUCAUAGAGGAAGAAACUGCUCGAAGAGUAGAAGAGCUGGUGGCUAAACGUGUAGAAGAAGAGUUGGAGAAAAGGAAGGAUGAGAUUGAGCGAGAGGUUCUCCGCAGGGUGGAGGAGGCUAAGCGCAUCAUGGAAAAACAGUUGCUCGAAGAACUCGAGCGACAGCGACAAGCUGAACUUGCAGCACAAAAAGCCAGAGAGGAAGAAGAACGUGCAAAGCGUGAGGAACUAGAGCGAAUACUAGAAGAGAAUAAUCGAAAAAUUGCAGAAGCACAAGCUAAACUGGCUGAAGAACAAUUGAAAAUUGUUGAAGAACAAAGAAAGAUUCAUGAGGAGAGGAUGAAACUAGAACAAGAGAGACAACGUCAGCAAAAGGAAGAGCAAAAAAUUAUCCUGGGCAAAGGAAAGUCUAGGCCAAAACUGUCCUUCUCACUAAAAAGCCAGGAUUAAAUUGCAACACUGAACUUUUUAAACAACAACAACAAAAAAAACAACAACAAAAAAGGAAAACAAAAAAAAAACUUUGUAUGGUAGCUUCAUGUUGAAGUGUUGGGUUCCCCCCCCCUUUUUUUUUUUUUUUUUUUUUUUUUUUUUUUUCUUUUUUGGAAGUCUGGAAAGUUAGCUUGUUCUAAUAGGGGCUGUGCUCUGCAAUUCUUAAUUUUUAUUUUUUUUUUUUAAACUUCCAUUAAGUUAAACCCUUAUCAGAUCAUUGUUGCCUUUUAGAGGGUAAUCUAUUCUCAUCAUUUUGUUUUGGUAUUAGUGGUCUGAAGCAGGUCAGGUCACUGAAUUGUGGAUGAUCUGAUAAGGUUUUACUGACCUACUCAUCAGAGUUUGACUCUGAUAAUUCACAGAACUUUAUACUGUGUAUUGCUGACUUUUAAAUUUUUGGGUUUUUUUAUUUUUUUUUUAAAGUCAGUAAAUACACAAGUAAAUUGCCAUAGUAUUACUGGACCUCUGUGGUUUAUUGUUAAAUCAGUGUCCUAUGAUACUGUCCCAAUGUUGCGCUUGAUGUUCCUGAUACAGGUAAGGAAAUAGUUUGUCAUUUCUGCUAUGAAUACAUAGAGAGAGUUCAGUAUUGUCUCUGUUAGAUUUGUUUUUAUUACAUUGACAGCAUUCAACCAGCUUUCCCCAUUGUGUAAAUAAACCAAUUUGCUGAAUAAAGUGAAAGUCUUAAAUUCAUAUGUUUAAGUAAAUUUUUUUAGUACACUUCUAUAAACAGCUGUAAGAGUGACAAUUCACAUUAUUAAAUUCAAGACUGUAGUGGUAUUUUUUUUUUUUUUAAUUUUGCUUUAAACUAUUGUGGCUUUUCCUACUUAUAAUGCAAAAUUAUACACAGUAAAAAAUCCCUGCCGUUGUGAAUGUUUUUGAUGGCUGCUGCUGUUUUCAUGAAUGUUGGUUUUUAUUCUGACAGAGACUUAUUUCAGCUGUAGUAUCAUGUUUAAACAGCUGUUUGGCUUACUGCACCCAGACCAAUACUUGGAUAUCUAAUCCCCUUCAGUUCACCUCAUAAUAUAGUAUAUUGUGUAAGUUAAGGUCAUUACCAUAUAAUGAAUCUGAUGGAUCCUAAAGGAUUUAAAAAUGGAAGUUUUUUUUUCCCCAAAGGACUGUACUGGCUAGCAUACUUGAAGUGAAAAACAGAAAGUGAGAUUCUGUCUAAAUAGAUUGUUUUAGCCAGAAGGCAGAUGUUAAGUCAUAUACAGAUCUUGAAUGUUAUCCAUUUAUAUAUACAGGUUUUAUUUUGAAAAUGAAACUACAGAUUGAAAACUAUAUAUAAAAAUUCCCUUUUUGUAUAUAAUUCUUCUACUGAAACCUGGAUUACUAUAGCUUGUCCAGUUCUAAAACUUCUUUUCCUGUCAGUGUGCAACAUCUGUAGUAAGCAUACAAUGGAAGAUGCCAGUAGUUGCCUGAGCAUUUGAAUGUCACUGGACAAAGUUGGAAAUAAUUCUUGAUAUUCCCAAAGGAUCUGUUUCUGUAGAUCUGGCAAAUUAAAUACGGGAGCAAGUUGAGUGUGACACCGAAAGCAGUAUUCAACACGCUUUGUAUGAAACCUGGGUUGGGGGCUGCGGUGGCUGCGGUGUAUCACUUUGUCCAGUAUGUCAAGAAAAAUGUGCAGACAGCAAAAUACCUACACGAUUACUGUACUUAAAUUGUCUAUAUAUUGUAUUACAAAAAAAAAAAAAAAGGUUGAAGGUUACUUAAUGCAUAAAAACAAAAGCUGAAGCCAAAUAAAUCAUGUACAUGACCUGUUGGCAGGAUCAGGCUGUAUUUAAGGCUCAACUGAUACCUGUAUUUCUAAAACAGAAAACAUCCCCUGUUCCCUUAUGAGAAACGAGCUAUUAAAAGUCAAUACUCGAAACA